AUGGCGCGCCAAAGAGGUCUGUCGAAUGCUUCAUCAUCCCCCUCACUACUCGAAGGAAACCAGGAGCUGGAGAGUAUGUAUGAUUAUCUUGCGAAGGUGAUUCUCCUUGGACCAAGCGGUGCCGGAAAAUCAUGUGUGCUACAUCGAUUUGUGAAGGACGAAUGGAGAGUGUUGUCAUCACAGACGAUUGGAGUCGAAUUCUCCUCGAAGAUUGUGAGGCUAGGAACCGGUCCCCGACGGACAAGGAUCAAGCUACAGCUUUGGGAUACAGCGGGUACAGAGAGGUUUCGUUCGGUCUCGAGAUCAUACUAUCGGGGUGCUGCAGGCGCCAUUCUCAUCUACGAUAUCUCAUCACAUGCUUCCUUCACCGCGCUCCCGACCUUCUUGAUGGAUGCGCGCGCGCUCGCAUCUCCCAACCUGACGGUUCUCCUCGCCGGAAACAAGGCGGAUCUCGGAUACGACUCUUUGACCCACAGCGACUUUAAUGAGGACAAUAUGAGACCCCCCCCAACUCCCUCCAGUACCUCCAGCAAGCAAUCAUCUUUCCCACUCGAUUCGGUGCCCGGUUCCGUUCGUUCCACUAGUCAUUUUGGUACCGGAACCAGAUUGACGGCGACAUAUGCACCUGAUGGCCGCGAAGUUGGCACCGAAGAAGCUGCUCAUUGGGCGGCUAAAUCGAAUAUCCCCGUCGCUGUUGAAGUUUCAGCUCUGACAGGAGAAGGAGUGGAAGAGCUGUUUCAUCGAUUGGCGCGGAUUAUCCUUACCAAGAUCGAGCUAGGGGAGAUUGAUCCCGAUGAUCCCCAGAGCGGGAUCCAAUAUGGCGAUGGUGGGCUUUAUGGCCACGGUACGAGUGACGGUUCGAGUAUCCGCAGUCGAAUGACUAUUGAUGACAACGCGGUACAAUUGCACCGCAGAAAUACAAGGAGGCAGAGAGGCAAUGGUGGAGUAAAUAACUGGAGAAGUGGGAUGGGAGAAUGGGAAGAAGUCUUCCGAUCCGGGAAUUCGCCGCAGAAAAGGGGUGCAGGAUGUUGCUGA